CGAGACGCGCCUGGCGCGGAGCUUUAUGGAGUCCCGUCCUGACAGGCUGCCUGAACGCAAAGGCCUCACAGUCCUAUGGAACCCAGAGCCUCAUGUCCAGAGGGCACAGCCUCAGUGGAGAGGAAGAUCCAUGUCCUCGUGGGCGUCACCGGGAGCGUGGCAGCCCUGAAGUUGCCUCUCCUGGUGUCACAGCUUUUGGCCAUUCCCGACCUGGAAGUAGCGGUGGUGACAACCGAGAGAGCCAGACAUUUCUACAGCCCCCAGGAUGUCCCGGUCACCCUCUACAGUGAUGCUGACGAGUGGGAGAUGUGGAAGUGCCGGACCGACCCCGUCCUGCACAUCGAGCUGCGGCGGUGGGCGGACCUCCUGCUGGUGGCACCCCUGGACGCCAACACGCUGGGCAAGGUGGCCAGUGGCAUCUGUGACAACCUCCUCACGUGCGUCAUCCGGGCGUGGGACCGCAGCAAGCCCCUGCUCUUCUGCCCGGCCAUGAACACCGCCAUGUGGGAGCACCCCAUCACGGCACAGCAGGUGAGCCAGCUCAAGGCCUUCGGCUACACGGAGAUCCCCUGCGUGUCCAAGAAGCUGGUGUGCGGAGACCAAGGUCUGGGGGCCAUGGCAGAAGUGGACACCAUCGUGGAUAAAGUGAGAGAGACCCUCGGCACGUGCUGCAGCUUCCCUCAAAGCUGACCUGGGGAUUCUGUCCCUCGUGUCCCUCAUGUCCCUCGGUGGCCCCCUGCUUUCAGGCCAAAUCGGGGAAGAAGUCAGUCACAUCCACUCCGGCUGCGUCAGACCAGGCCUGGGCUUCAUCUGGGGCCUCCCGGGGACUGCCCUGCCCGGAUCCUCCUUUCCGCCAGGAGACCCCGGCUUCCUGGAGCCUCUUCCCCUCCUCCUGGCAGGGGCCGGGGGACCUGGAACUUGGAUUCUACGAUGUGCCUGGACAGAUUUCUAGAAAUAGCUGCAGCUGGAGACUCCACCAUGGCUGGCCCCUGAUUG